AAUCUGUACGUGAGUGGCAUGGCAUCAAAUCACAGCACUUCGCCCCAAGAUGACCAUCUUCCUCAUUACCUCCAGGAUGAAGACCCCUUUGCAUCAAAACUCUCUAGGGAAGCUGACAUAGUAGCUGGAUUUUAUUUAACAAUAAUUGGGGUUCUUUCAACUUUUGGGAAUGGCUAUGUUCUUUUUAUGUCCUUGAAACGGAAAAAGAAGCUCAGACCCGCUGAGAUAAUGACUGUCAAUUUAGCCGUGUGUGACUUGGGGAUUUCAGUUGUAGGAAAACCAUUUAGUAUUAUUUCCUUCUUCUCUCACCGAUGGGUGUUUGGCUGGCUGGGCUGUCGUUGGUAUGGAUGGGCCGGCUUCUUCUUUGGCUGUGGGAGCCUUAUCACCAUGACAGCUGUCAGCCUGGAUAGAUACCUGAAAAUUUGUCAUUUAACUUAUGGAACCUGGCUUAAGAGACAUCAUGCCUUUAUCUGCCUGGCAAUAAUUUGGGCCUAUGCUACAUUCUGGGCUACUGUGCCAUUUGCUGGUUUGGGGAACUAUGCUCCUGAGCCAUUUGGAACCUCGUGCACUCUGGAUUGGUGGCUGGCUCAAGGUUCAGUGGCUGGACAGGCAUUUAUUCUGAAUAUUCUUUUCUUCUGCCUCUUGCUCCCAACUGCAGUGAUUGUGUUUUCCUAUGUUAAAAUCAUUGCAAAAGUCAAGUCUUCUGCCAAAGAAGUUGCUCAUUAUGACACCAGGAUUCAAAACAGCCAUGUACUGGAAAUUAAAUUGACCAAGGUGGCAAUGUUGAUCUGUGCAGGAUUUCUAAUUGCCUGGAUUCCAUAUGCCGUGGUAUCCGUAUGGUCAGCUUUUGGACAGCCAGAUUCAGUGCCCAUUCAAGUUUCAGUCAUCCCAACCUUGCUUGCAAAAUCGGCAGCUAUGUACAACCCAAUUAUUUACCAGGUCAUUGAUUGUAAAUUUUCCUGUUGCCGCUCAUUGCAGAAGAAGAGCUCCUUGAAGAAAUCCAGGCUGUAUACGAUAUCUGGAAAUAGAGAGCCAACAGAAAUGAACGAAACCCACCUGGAGUUGUGACAGCAGAUGGACAGGUGUAUGGAAACAUGCUGACAAUCAUUUUCUUCUCAACUUCUUCCUUUGCAAAUUAGUUAAAAUACAGUGGCAGAUUUAUUUUGGUAUUUCUUUUCCCCUCUAACCUACAUACCAUGUGAUUUUUCACCCUAUCUGGAGUAUCAACAUUAGAGCUGGGCAAAUAGAAGAAGAAAAUAUAGAGAAUAUUCAUUUCAAUUAAAACUAUGAAUUCACAUUGGCCGGAUUCAUAACCCUUUUUAUUUAUUUUCUGUGCACAUUCAUAUGAAUGACUCUUUUUCUUCAUGGAAAGUGAGGGUCUCAUGAGUACCCAUGCUAUGCAUUUGUAAGGCUAUCUUGAAAUCGCUUGAUUUCCCUCUUCCUGUUUAUCAACUUUAUCCAAUCCAAGGAACAGAAUCCUUGAAGGAAAGGCAACAUUUAAGAGAGAAGUUCAGCUAAUAGCCUGUUUGAGAUGAGUUGUUACACCCAGACUAUAGUAGACGUGGUGCUUUUAUCAUAUUGUCAUUCCACAGCUGCACUAUAAACAGUUCUUACUGUAUCGGUUGAUUUUCAGACAAGGGACUGAAAAGUGUAUGUUGUAGAUCCUGGGCUGGGUACAAGGGAAAAUACAAUUUCCCCUUUUAAAAUAGCUAAGUAAGGAAAUGAGUUGAGGAAGUUCUGGAAGAGCCUUGUGGUAGGCUUUUCUAGGGAACCUGGGAUUCCUCUCCGCCUUCCCCCCCCGAAUAAUUUCAGUAUGACCAACACUACAUUUUGCACAGUGCAACCUACUGACAGCCAAAUCCAGAAAGUGGGCUUCCAUUUGGCAAUGAAACGAUUCUGCAGCUCUUAAUCAGUCCUUACUCAUGUCCAUGGAUGUUUAGCCUAACUAAGGACUGACUGCGACCUGCAGAUUGUGGCCCUACAAAUAGAGAUUUGUUAUAUCAGAGUUCAUGAUAGUGGUAAGAGUUACCAGCAUUCUGACCAAAUUCCAACAAGGUUGGUUUCAUGGUUCCUGCCUAAAUUUCUCCUUCAAUUUCAAACUUUUCUUCUUCACUUCUUGCCCUGAACAAUUAGCUAAAUAGCUGUUGUGUCACCCCAGAGGUGGCUGCAUUUUGGUGAUAGAUGAAGCAUGUGUUCAAGUGCAGUCCUAGAUAGAGAUGUUUUCCUGAUUCAGGGCCUGAAGCAUUAAGUGUAUAAUACUCUAAUUUAAAUACCGGUAACUUAUGUAAACCCUAAUAAGGCCUUGUAGCUCUCAUCCAAUUAAUAGAUUUUAAGGCAAGAUGGAACUAUUAGAUUAUCUAUUCUAUUACAGGCCAUGGUAUUUCACCUAUUUACCCCUGCACUGAGCACAACAAUUUGUGUUGGACUAAAGCACAUCUUCCAGAAAGACAUCCAGUCUUGAUCUGAAGAUGAUAAGAGAUGGAGAAUCCACCACUUCCCUUUCUUGCUUGUUCCAAUGGUUGAUCAUGCUCACCUUUAAAAAUAAAAUUCAUAUUUCACAAGGACAGUGUAUGAAAAUCUUAUAAAACUUCCUCAUAAGAUCCACACUUGUGAUUGUUGUAAUCUGGGCUGGGAUCCAAAUACUUGAGUCAAAUUACUGAAAAAAUAAAAGCAAGUCAGUAUGAAUGAGUGUGAAAUAUGACUCUGAAAGACCUUUUUAUGAUAUUUUCAGUAAUUCAGUGUCUUAGCUAUGUUAAGGAACUUCUUGGUUUUAUGCAUAAAUAUUAACACAAAUGCUGAAUAAAUAUUAUAAAUAAUAUUAUACAUUUACAUAUCUCAUUAGAUGCCUUAUAUGCACACUCAGAUUAAACUGUCCUAAUUCAAAGUGAUGUCAGGUAAAGUCAUAAAAACUUAAACUUGCUUCCAAUGCCUCCUGGAUAAAGAAAAUUAUUGAAUUCCAGUCCUAAACAGGACAGCAUUAUCCUUUAAUAUUCACCUAUCUUGGGCACCUCAGUUGGCUCAGUGAGAUCUAGCCCUGCUGUCUAUUUCAAGGUUACAGUUCAGCUUGCAGAUGGUAAAGUCACACAGACCAUAUGGAUGUGAAGACUUUUUGAUUAGCUUGUUAUGUAGACAUAGACAAUGGAGAAAAUGGAACCCCAACAUAAAGUUGUAAGUACUUCCCGUACAGAUUUCAAAGGCUACUGAAAGCUCAUCUUGGAAGGAUUAGCUUUUUAUCCGUAAACGUCGAUUUCACCAUAUCCACAUAAACCAACGAAAAAAAUGUUUCCAUAGAUGACAUUUACAGAUAGGCAAAGUAAGAAAAUUGUUGUUUGAGAAUUUAUUAGUGUUUGAUUUAAGGAUAUUGACUUUGUAUAUUUUGACAUGUGAUGCUGACAAUUUGUGUUUUAACAGUUAUAACUUUAACUUUUUUAAUCUCGAUAUGUAUUGUUAAACAAUUCCUAUCUGAUCCCUGUACUUCCUGGCCCUUCCCCUAAUUUCCCACAAUGGUGAACAUUUAAAUUGAUAAAAAUAGAAAAAAAUGCUUAAAACCCAUAAUUUUGUAUAUCUGUAAAAAUGUAAAAUGAUAAAAGGCUUAAC